AGACACCAUGCUCCCUGACCAACUGUGCCCGCAACUUUUACUGUGCUGAGAAAGUAGACGGCAGUACAGAAUGCUUGCCGUGCAACUCCGCCUGUGAGGGAUGUGAGGGACCCACGGAACUCUCCUGCCUGGCCUGUAAGAUCGGCUACUACAUACCCCCGGGCUCGGAGCGGCUCUGUCAAGCCUGUCCGGAUGGCAAGUUUGGCGUGGACUGCGCCCUGCAGUGUCACUGCCUGAACAACGUGCUGUGCAACAAGACCAACGGUCACUGCAGCGGCUGGAAGUGUGAGCGCGGAUAUACAGGCAUUCCCGAGUGCCAGACACUGUGCCCCGUUGGUACCUUUGGUCUGGACUGCCAAGGCGUCUGUCACUGCCCGGAGAACGACAACUGUAGCCACGUCAACGGAGACUGUAGCAGUGGGCAGUGCCACCCGGACUGGGACUCUUCGGGCUGUCAGCUCAGACUCCCUAAGCUAGCCCUUGGCCCCGAUGUGACGGAAGCUUCCUGUAACCGCAUCAGGCUCGAGUGGGAUGAGUUCAACGAGACCAAUGACAUAGGCACAGGCCCUGCGGGGCAAUAUGUUGUCUACAAGAAAGUCAACAACAGCAGUGCCCCCAACACUUUGUGGGAGAGACUGGAGGCUUUGUCCGUCGUCACCGGCCUCUCAAGAUAUACGUACGUGGUGACCAGAAGCUUGGAGCCGGACGAAGAGUACAACUUCCGAGUGGACGUGGUGGGUACCAGCGACGGGAAGCUGCGGCGGAAAGUCAGUCCAGGAAACCCGUCCGAGAUUGUUCUUAACCCUUGCACCAGUACCACAACUCCGAAACCACCAACCACAACACAGUUUCUUUUCUCACGGAAAGUGUUUGACACAAUCGAAGCCACGGCCUCUUCGACCAAGUCGGGCUAUGUGACCAUACGCUGGACAGUCCUUCCUCAGUACCAGCAGCUGAACUACGACGUCACCAUUACACGCCAGUUGCUAGGCAACGGUGACUGCGACAAAGAUGGAACGGCACCUGAGACUCCCCGACUGGCCAAGUGACCGUGCUGAAUGUGACCCGAGUGACCGACACAGAGGUGGAGCUGGCGUGGGACCCUCCUCCCUGUGGCCAGAGAAAAGGACCUUUUGUGUCUUAUGAGUUUACCUUAAGCAACUUGAACAUAACAGGGCUGGGCCCCGUCAUGUACUAUGUGAAUGAAGCACGUAUCCAACGAGCAAACUUAGAGCCGUAUUCCACGUACGCCGUGACCUUGAAGUUCGUGAACACGGAGUCUCCUGGACCUUUGAGUAAAGUCUUCACUUUCAGCACAAUGCAAGGAGUUCCCACUUCUGUGGAGAUCACAAGCCUCAGCAUGACCUACUCCACCAUCACCGCCGACUUCCUGCCGCCGUCUCAAGCUAACGGAAUUGUGCUGACCUUCACUUUGGUUUACAGCGAGUUCAGCGACUUUCAGGUCUCGGAGGCGGUCACUCGCAGUGCUCAGUCUGCCGUUAAUACCAUCACAGCCCGCCGCCUGAAGCCGGAGACUUUGUAUUAUGUCAAGAUGACCGCCAGCACUGAGGCGGGUCCUGGCCCGUAUGGAGCGGUCAAGCAGACCACAACCCUGACAGCCCCGCCCCCAGCCGAGGCCAUCGCCCUGAACCUGGGGUCAAGGACGACCGAGUGUUUGACCAUUGAGUGGACGCCGCCGGAGACGGGGGCAGAGAACAUCACUCAGUACAUUUUGGAGAUGCGGCGAGCCACAGCAGAGGAGACCAUCAAGCCGACCCCUCUGACCCUGGAUUCUAGCGUGACCACAUACCAGCAGUGUGACCUCCGACCCAGCAGCUUGUACCUCGUCACUAUAUCGGCCGACACUGCAGACGGAGUUAUCUCCACUGCCACCGAAACCUUCCGGACAGAAUCUGGAGCGGGAGAGUUACUACAUGAUCUACUACGUGGCCCUGAGCACGCUCAACAACCAGACCACGGCAAACUUCUCUCAGCUGGAGGCCGCCGUGCGCACCGUGCCCUUUGACCCCGCCCUCGCCCCGCCCCUCACCCUGGAGGUGUCCGGCAAGAGCACUGCCUGUCUGAACAUCACCUGGGAGAUACCCAAAGGCCUGGAGGCCAUUAUUACACAGCUCAGGCUGUCGGUUGAGAGGCUGGGAGAGGACUCCGGAGACUCCAAGCUGGUCACUCUCACAGAACUGGACGCCACGUCGCGGGAGUUCUCCUCGUGCAGCCUCAGCCCCUACACGCUGUACACGAUGCGGCUCUCUGCGCUCAGCGACAGCACGGUCCUCUCCACGGGCUCCGACACUUUCCGCACAGGUCACGUUCGACCCCGUACCCCCGUGGCCCCGGUGUUCGUCAACUCCAGCUACACCAGCCUCACUGUGGCUAUAGAGCCCGUGGUGCUCUCUGGCGGGCCGGUCACAGCCUAUCAGAUACAGGUGGAGAAAGUACCGGAAAGGAGGAAGAGAUCAGCUAUUUUUCCCUUCAUGUCUUGGGAGCGUGUCACGGCCAAAGAGCAAAAUCACGGUUUAUCGCGUGACAAAAGAGCCGCGGGAGUGCCCGGAACGGUGGUGGCCCAGCUGACCAAGGAGCAGGUGCCGCAGAAGAUGGACUUCACCGUGGGCGACGGUCUGAGCUGGGGCGGCUACAACAAUAGCGCGCUGGAGCGAGAGGCGCUCUACACCGUCCACUACGUUGUGGUCAGCGCAGUGGGCAACGACACAAAGGUCAGCUACGCCAGCCUUGACCCUCCGCGGAGAACCGUGCCCUACAUCCCUCCCGCCCCGCCACAACUGCAGUCUUCUGAUGACGACAACGGUGCUUUGAUCGGAAUUAUCGUCGCGCUUAUUCUCCUCGUUAUCAUUAUCCUCCUGCUCUUGUUGUUGUACUGGUGGUGGCAGAGACGGAAUCGCUUCAAUCCAUAUGCAAUUCAAGAGGAUGACCCCAGCAAGAUUGCGCUUCCGCCAUACAAAGACGAUUACGACCCAGAGCUAUACUGGAGUCACACGUACGACCUCAAAGGAAAACGCCAUAUCAUUGCUGGGCGUGAUCUGGUCUAUGCGCCAGGAUCCAAACCUUUUGUAAAUGCAGAAACAAUGGACGAUCUAGGCAUACCAAAAGUUUCUUUCAAAAAUGAGUUUCAGAGCCUUCCUCAUAAGCCAAGGCGAGCGACAGAUAAUGCAGCGAGGCGAAACAAAAGGCUGAAUCGCUUUCCCCACCUCUUGCCCUACGACCACAGUCUUGUGCAGCUGAGACCAGACAGUAACUCGGACAGCACCUAUAUCAACGCCAGCUUCAUCCCAGGCUACAACAAGACCCCAGCCUACAUCGCGGCGCAGAGUCCGUUUGACGACCGAACAGUUCUGGACUUUUGGCGACUGAUCUAUCAGCGCUCCAUUAAGACGGUCGUCAUGAUCACCAAUGUCGUCGAGGAUGAGAUCGUCAAAUGCACGCAGUACUGGCCGGACCAGACCAAGACCAGCUACGGCAACUUCCUGUUCCAGCUGGUGGACCAGAGCGAGUUUGCCGAUUAUAUCGUCCGCACCAUCUCCGUCACGCUCCUCGGUGAGGAGAACUCCAAGAUCGUCAAGUUGUUUGAGUUCACGUCCUGGCCUGACCACGGUGUACCGGAUGACCCCAUACCAUUACUGGAGAUGAGGUACAAGGUCCGACGCUACCACCACCAAGACCCGGGCCCUAUCCUCGUCCACUGCGGCACUGGGGUGGCCAGGACAGGCGUCUUCAUCGCGGUCGAUGCUCUCAUCGAACAGUACGCUAACGAGGGACAGGUCAUGACCUUUGACUUUGUGAGGAAGAUCCGGAAAGAUCGGCCGUACAUGGUGCGCACCUUGAAGCAGUACGUGUUUAUCUAUGAGGCACUGUUCGAAGAGUUCCACGCGGGGGACACGCUUAUCGACUUUGACCUGAAGGAACGCUACCACAACUGGACACAGAGGAACCCGCGAACUAACUGCACCUACCUCCGGGAUCAGUUCCAGCUGCUCGACUCGUUCACGCGCGGCCCGCGCAGAGACGAGUGUAAGGCGGGACUCCUGGAGGUCAACAUACAGAAGAACCGCUACCUCGACGUUCUCCCCGCGGAAAAACACCGACCCAUUCUCAUCUCCCCGGGAGGUCUCAACCCGACGGACUACAUCAACGCUCUCUUCGUCGAUGGCUAUCUGAGAAAAAAUCAGUUCAUCAUCACGCAGACGCCUCUCCACACGACCAUCAUCGACUUCUGGAAGCUGAUCUACGACCACGACGUCCGCACCAUCGUCAUGGUGGAGAACUUCAAAAACGAAGACGACACCUGCGCCGAGUACUGGCCCAGCGUCAACCUCAAACAGUUUGAGCCAUUCUUCAUCGAGACGACGGCCGUUUACCAGCAGGACAACAUCACCAUCAGGAACUUCAAAAUCUGCAGCACGGACCACCCGAGUCGACCAGGGAAGCUGGUGCGACAGUUUCAGUUCAACGCCUGGGAGCAGCCCAAUCUGACGCCCCAGUCGAAGACCUUGAUGCUGGACCUCAUGGACAUGGUGUUUAACUGGCAGGAAGAGUCGUGCAAGAACGAGCGGCCCGUGGUCGUACAUUGCCAGGAUGGAUCUUCCCACUCGGGCCUCUUCGCGAUCCUGUCCAUCAUCUGCGAGAAAAUGGAGGAGGACGAAGAAGUUGAUGUGUACCGCACCAUAAAACACAUCAAGAGACGCCGGCCGCAGUUCAUUGCUGAUUAUGGGCAGUUCCGCUUCUGCUACAAGUCUGUGUGGGACUUCAUGAACCUACGGAUGCCGGGAGGAACCUUCACCGACUCGCUGGGUCAGACCAAGAUGGACAAAAUGUACGGAGUUGCCUCCCUCAGCCUCAACUCCUACCUGGGAACACGAUUCGACACGAUUAACCUGCAAGACACAACAGAAUUUUGAACAAUCGCACCAGAAACAUGAAAAAGGCCACACAGAUAUAUAAAAAGAACCCCAAAGAAAUAUGAAUAAACACACUAGAUGUACGGAAGAUGCAAGAGAAUUAUGCAAAUCACCUCAUCAUAGUUAUGAACAGCACACACCAGAUUAUGGCAGAUACAACAGAUAUUCGAAAUACAACUGAAAUAUGGAAAAGAGACAAAACAACAGAAUUGUGAACAGAACCAACCAAACAGAACAAAACGUGAAUAGAACUCAACAGAACUAUGGACAAACACAACAGAAUUGUGAACAUAAGUCAACAAAAUUAUGUACAAAUUAACAAAAUACAACAGAAUUAUGAACAUAAGACAACAAAAUUAUGUACAAAUUAACACAAUCCAACAGAAUUAUGAACAUAAGAUAACAAAAUUAUGUACAAAUUAACUAAAUACAACAGAAUUAUGAACAGAAUCCAACAGAAUUAUGAACAUAAGACAACAAAAUUAUGUACAAAUUUACAAAAUACAACAGAAUUGUGAACAAAACACAACAGAAUCCAACAGAAUUAUGAACAAAACACAGCAGAAUAAAACAGACUUAUGAACAAAACACAGAUGAACGAGACUGACCAAGGUUAUAAUAUUAUGAGUAAGUCUUCAACGCAAAGAAGGCCAUAUUGUGUGCACUUACAUGUACAGUGCAAAUCAAGUUACUGUGAUAUUUCUUGUAUGUGGUUGAGAAUCUUUUAAAUUUUAACUCUUUUUUUUUAUGCCCAUGUGCCAGUAUAUAAUAUUAGAAUAUAUCUAUAUUAUUACAAUAUACAUUUUACAGAGUGAUACUUCAUGAAUGUUCUAAAAAUCUUCCUGAAGGAAAUUCCAGUCUCUGUUAUUAUUGCAUAUAAUAUAUAUCUAGAUUCUAGAUACUGACUCGAAAUAUGAAGCAAAAUGUUGGGCUGAGCUAGCUGUUGUGGCUUGCAGAACUACUGUGAUGGUACGUGUGUCACGACGCAGUGGAAUCAGGCGCUUGUCAGUUUUUGGGCGUAUGAAGUUACUGGUAUAAUCGCAAAGCUUGUUUAUUUGUCUUGCUUUUGAAGAAAAAAGUACCCGUUUAUCUUGAUUAGAAGUCGAGAU